AAAAUUUUCAACCGCCUACUAGAUGGAUUGAAGUUACUUGCGUAAAAUGUGAGAAAUUUUAAUUUUUAACAUACUAAAAAUGGCAAAUAGGCACAAGUUUAUACACGAUACAGCAGUUGAAUUCUUCAACGCCACCACCGCGGAGAAUGAGGAGGUCAUCAAAGACUUCCUGGACAACGAUGAUGUCACAAUCCUGGCGGCCGUGUCCAUCGACGGCGAAGUCCUGUUCCAGAACGCCGUCCCAGUUGACGAACACUACAGCCUGCUGUUCUACAAAAUCCCAAACCUGGACUAUCACAGCAGUCAAAAUGCACAGCCGAAAAUCGGUAUGCUUACCCUGGAGGGCGGUUUGGCCAAGUCCAUCUACAACUCGCUGCAGCGGGUAUUUUCGCCGUAUAUCCUGAAGAAAUCUGAAUACUCGACCGAGGUGAAAACGAUCCUUCAGAAUCUACACUCCAAUCUAGGUCUAUCGCUUGGGUUGACCGAAUCCGGUAUUCUAUCCAUCCAGGAUGAGAUCAAUUUUUGGCAGCAAAAGACCCGUACCCUACCAACGAAGGCCGAUCGCGAAGCGGCCAAGUCGUUCGCGGCGAUCCUCGAGAAAGUCAAUGAUCAUAUGAAGGAAGGUACGGAAACUAGUCUCCAUCAGUUGGACGAAUUCAUUGACGUGUGUCAGUCGCAUCUGGAUGAGAUAUGGCGACUUCCGAAUCACUAUCCACAAAAUCGAAUGUGUAGCAUCUUCGAUUUGAUCUCAUCACACGUGGUUAGCACGUGUACGAAACAUCUUGCUGAUCUAGAGGUAUGGGAUGCAGGUUCCAUCUACUUGGAUGAAGCCAUCAACCACGUUAAGGAAACGCUGGAGUCGUGGUAUCAAACAUUUGACAGCUUGACGAGGCUUUUCUGGCCGAAUUACGAACUUCAUGCGUGGAUUGGGGAUCCGUACAGCUCGAAGCAGUUGAACAAGUUCCGUACGAGAUUCAAUGAGAUACUGGAAAUCAAGAACUCCAAGGACUUGCUGUAUGCUCUGUUCUUCGAUAACGAUGAAUACUUUCUCCACGUCAGUGAUAUUGCAGAACCUUUCAAAGAAAUCAAUAUCUACGACCUGACCCCGCUUGGAAACAAACGCUGGGAAAUGGCCAAGUCCCGUAUGGAAUCUUCUCUGGCGAAGGUGGACGAAAACGUCGUUACCAUCCUGAAGCAGAAGAUCUACGAAAGCGCCGGUAACCCACGGCAGGCGAUCCACGUGUUCAACCGAUACAAAGAUAUCUUCAAUCGCCCGUACGUAAUGAAGGCACUGACGGUUGAACGUGAACAACUAUUCCAAAGCGUACCGAUGAUCAUACGUGAACUGCGCGAAAUGCUAACGGCUGCCAACUACACCGAAGAUGAAGUUACGCCGAUUGUUUCCGAGACGCGUUGGUACCGGGUGGUUGAACAGCAAAUCGGACAACUGGAAACCGUUGCAGCAAAAGUUCUGACGGAUCGGGAGGGGUUCGAUGGGACGUACAAGAAAAUUUCCAAUUUCAGAGAAGAAAUUCAGGCGAUGAUCCGGACGAACUUUGAAAGUUGGACCGAGAACUCGAUGAGUGCGAUCCGCGAAGGGGAGUUGAGCCUUCGCGAGAAUCAACCGGUAGUGAUCUUCGACAAAACCGAGCGACAACUGAUGAAGGUCACCUUCGGCCCUAAGAUCGUGACAUUCUGUGACGAAGCUCGACAUCUUCAGAAUCUAGGGCUGAAGCUCAACCCCGAGAUUCAGAAAAGCAUAUCCCACUCGAUGAAAUUCAUAUCGUAUGCUCGUAGACUACAACAGAUCGCCACCUUUCACAAUACGAUCGGUGAUAGGAUGAUUCCCUGUCAGCGUCCGAUCAUGUUGAAGAACGCGAUGGAAUUCGCAAACCUGGUCAAGAGCGAGUCCGUAUCGUGGAACGAUGAAGACUCAGUCGAACGAUACAUCAACAAUUUGCAAGAGGCCGUUAAACGGUUGUCCAAGGAUAACAACCAGCUCACGGGAUACCAUGAACAGGCCAAGAAAUCCGUUCUCAAGCUUAUGGAAACGGACCUGAUUCGACAAAGUAACAUAUGGAAGGAUGAAAUGCGAAAUCUCCGCGAGAUCAUUUUCAAUCUGGAACGACAAGGUUACACGAACUUGAACCCUUUCAAACUACACUGGGAUCAUCAAUUGUACAAGGUUCUAGAGUACCAGUACGUUGCAGGGUUACUGGACGUACACCAGAAACUACCAGACAUUCACGUGGAUCUGGUAUUCCGACAACAGCAGAUACAGUUUCGUCCCACGCUGGAAGAGAUCAAAUCCAAGUACUACUCCCAAUUACGCCGGUUCAUCGAGAAACCACUCAGUUUCAAAGGCCUCUCAGAACAAAGCCCCAACAUUUUCAAGGUGAUGAUCGAAAGGAACGCACAGCACUUCUCCGUGCUGUACGAGAAGGCAGAUAUUGUGUUCCGAGAGUUGAUCGAAUUCCGGGACAGCUGGCUCCCAUGGGUGUCACUGGGAAUGACUGAUCUGGAACAACUAUGCACAGUUCACUGCACGAACUGGCAACACUGGGACAACAAUUUCCGUGCCUGCAAGAAGUUCAGCCAGCAGAUAGCCCGCAUUCAAACAUCCGAAAAGGAAAUCGAUUGUCUGAUCGUUAACUAUGCUCCGCUCUGCUCGGACAUUGACGCCAUCAGUCGACGAUACUGGGAAGCACUGGCAAACAGCUUGAGAACUUCUAUCCUGGACAACAUCUCCGUACUACAAGAAUAUCUAGCCUAUUCGUUCCAAGUGCUGCAAAACAUUCCCCAAGACGAACUAGGAAUAUCCGAGUCGAGUGCGAAGUACGAGAAGAUUGUGAGUGAUCUGCCGAAGAUGACCGAAAUGAUCAAGUCUCUACAAGGCAAGGACGGAUGUCUAGCGGGCUGGUGUAAGGAGCGCGUAUCCGCUUUGAGCGGUAUCCUGACGCAGUGGAACCAGUUGCAACCGCUGAUUGAGAACCAUCAAACAUUGCUGCAAGGUCGGUUGGAUAUCAUAAAAGAGAAUAUCUUGCGGCAGAUCAACGAGCUGAACGACGAAGCAGAGAAGUUCUCCAUUCGAUGGGAGUCUACGAUACGGGAUCUAGAGACGAACGACAAUGCGGAUAUGAGUCUAUUCCGCGAACGUCAAGGCCAAUGGAAAGGCAUCAUCGCUAAAAGAGAGACUCUCCAGAAACAAACGGAAAAAUUCAACAUCACAGUCCCUGAGGACUUUGACUCUAUAUUUGCAAAGCUUGAAUCCGAAAUCAUAGAACAAGGUAAAAACUGGGAGGCAUUUAACAAUUUCCUGAAUGACUAUGAAACCAUCGCAAGCGAAGAAUGGACCAUCUACAGGCGAAGACCACACAUUCUAACUGAAUUCCUAGCCAAAUGGGAGAAACCACUUGAUCAAGCACCGAACGUAGCCAGUUCACGCAUCUUGUCUACGAUCGAACGAUACAAAACUAUUCAACCACAGCUCAACGCCCUGCAGUCGGACGCCCUCAUCGAGAAGCAUUGGGCCAAGAUUUGCCAAAUAUUGAAAAUUGACUCCAAAACCCAACAUGAUCUCUGUCUUGGAGAUGUCCUCGCCGUUGCGGACAACCUCCUUCAGCAGGCUACCGAAAUUCAAUCCAUAGUACGCCAGGCAGCCUCUGAACACGUCAUUCGACAGGCGAUUGUUGAACUUGAACAGUGGAGUGCUACGGCUAUGUUGAAGUUGGUUCAACACACCGAUUCUAAGGGGUCGACGGUCUCACUGAUCAAGGACUACACGGAAACGUUGAACAAGAUAGGCGACAACCAAUUUCUACUUCAGUCGGCCAAAAAUUCAGCCUCGUUUGAAUCGUUUUCUGAUCAAGCUGAUAUUUGGGAAGAGAAGCUCAACAACCUAGACUACAUUAUAACACAUCUGAAUCAGAUCCAGAAAAAGUGGAUCUAUCUGGAACCGAUAUUUGGUGUUGGUACGUUGAAAAGAGAGGAAGCAGUGUUCAAGAGCAUCGACAAGAACUUCCGAUACAUAAUGAAGGAGAUCGCAGAUGAUCCCAGGGUUGUAUCGGUUAACAAGAUCAACAACGUGGUCUCUAUUAUCGAAACCCUACAGAACCAAAUAUCUCGCUGUCAGAAUGCGCUAAGCUCGUAUAUUACAUCAAAACGCAAUGCCUUUUCCAGGUUCUACUUUCUAUCGGAUGAUGAUCUACUGGAAAUUCUUGGUCAAUCAUCGAAAGAAGCCAUUAUUCAGAAGCACAUACGCAAGCUAUUUCCCGGAAUCUACAAACUAGUUAUUGAAGAGCAAAGCUUGCGGAUUCUUGGUUUCUGUAGUGAAGAAGGAGACAAAUUGCAGUUGACGAGCCCCAUAACGAUCACUCCAAUUGUUGAAGAAUGGUUGAACACCUUGGUCGUGGAGAUCAAGUCGACCCUGAAGCACUUGAUCAAGCAAUGUCUUCAGGUAGAUGCGAUCGACGAAGGCGUCAUACGCGAAUUCCCUAUGCAAGUGAUCUGCUUAGUCAACUCAAUUAAUUUCACCCGACGAGCAGAGAAAGCCAUCUCCGGCAUGCAGCUCAACGACCUCAAGCGUCAAAUUCAAAACGACAUCAAUAAGUUUUCAACGAUUCUUCAUCAAAAUACGGAUUUGCUGACGCAAAUCAAACUACGCUCGUUGCUGAUCGACCUCGUUUACCAGUCCACGACUGUAGACUAUUUGAGCAACCAUAACGUAACGAAUCUUCAAGAUUGGUAUUGGCUACAGCAGCUCAAGUUCUAUCAAGAUCGCAACGGAUCUGUCCUCGUCAAAAUGGUCUACGCGGAGUUCGAGUACUCAUACGAAUUCCUCGGAAACUAUAACAAACUGGUCUACACUUCCCUUGCUCACAACUGUUACCUCACCCUGACCCAAGCGAUGCAACUGGGCCUGGGUGGGAACCCCUUCGGACCUGCGGGAACCGGUAAGACCGAGUGCGUCAAAUCACUGGGCGCAAUGCUCGGUAGACUGGUACUGGUGUUCAACUGCGACGAAAAUAUUGACACGGCCGCUAUGGCACUGAUUCUCUCUGGACUUGCCCGAUGUGGAGCCUGGGGUUGUUUCGACGAAUUCAACCGACUACAGGAAGCGACCUUAUCAGCAAUAUCCAUGUUGAUUCAACCGCUUCAGGUUGCCCUCAAAGAUAAGCAACAGGAGGUGCAGCUGAACAACGAAACCGUUCCGUUAAAUCACCACUGUUGCGUAUUCGUGACGCUGAACCCCGCUGGAGAAGAAUACGGUGGACGUCAACAGUUACCACUGAACCUGCAGGCCUUAUUCCGUCCAAUCGCCAUGCAAGCCCCAAGACCACAGCAAAUCGCUCGAGUAACGCUUUUCGUAGAAGGUUUCAAGAACGCAGAUCGCAUCGGUGGUCAAAUCGUGGAACUGUUCGAACUUUCGAAGAAGAUGCUCUCCAAACAACGUCACUACGAUUGGGGUCUUCGCGAACUGAAAUCGAUCCUUUCGGCUUGCGGAUCUGCACUUAAAGUUUCCGGAGAUGAUCUAUCGUACGAUCAGGAAGCUGGCUUGGCAGUCAACGUGAUCCGCUCUAACACAAUGUCCCGGCUUACCCUUUCGGACUGCAAACGGUUCGACAUUGUACUGUCGAACGUUUUCCCAAACAUUCAGCUGGCUGACAGUCAAAAUGAAGACCUGAGAUCGAAGAUCUUGGAGGCGUUCUCCAUCCUCGGGUUCCAGUCGAACAAUCGGCAAGUAGAGAAAUGUCUCGAACUGGCGGCGCAACUACAGAAACGGAUGGGAGUGGUGGUCAUUGGGGCUCCUCGAUCCGGGAAAUCCACGGUAAUUUCAAUUUUGAAAGAAGCACUUCUUGCGCAAGGCAGAACAAUAAGGACGCACAUUAUCUCUCCAAAGUCGAUGAGUCGAGUUCAGCUGCUUGGGAAACUCGACCCGGAUACUCGUCAGUGGACCGAUGGUGUUUUGACGUCAACAGCCGUGGCAGUCAACGCUGAGCCGCGGUCUGUCAUAUCCUGGAUUAUCUGCGAUGGAGACAUCGAUCCGGAGUGGAUCGAAGCGUUGAACUCCGUUUUGGACGACAACCGACUGCUCACGUUGCCAUCCGGAUGGAGAAUUCAGUUUGGAAGCAAUGUUAAUUUCCUGUUCGAAACUCAUGACCUGUCAACGGCAUCGCCAGCAACGAUCUCCAGAAUGGGGAUCAUCAAUUUGAACGCGGAGGACCUCCCGUACCAGUUGAUCGUUAACGCUUGGUUAGCGAAGCAUGCUGAAGGCGAUGAUCUGAAGUCGUUUUUGGAUCAACACUUCUAUCGCGCAGUUGAUUGGAUCGACGAGCAGAAGAAACGUCCACCGGGAUACUCAAUGAUCAGUUUGGCCGAGGCUGGACUAGUGGCGAUCGAUAAUGUGAAGUCAACCGAACAAUUCUGUGUUAAUCUUCUGAGUGGAUUAUGUGGCGUGCUUAGCCAGGAUGAUAAGAACAAACUUUCAAACCAGAUAUUCUCGUGGGCAGACGUAACGAUAACUGAUGGAUCUGUGGCAGAAUACCACUACUACAAUUCAUUCCGAGAUAUGAUCGAGCUGUACAGUACGGAUGAGAUUACCGGAUCGUAUAUUAGCGAGAAUGUUUAUACCAACGUUUUGGUGAAGACUCCUUUGAUGAAGCUCAGCGGCGAGCUUCUGAAGUGUGUUCUACAAUCGAAGGAACGGCAAGUGGCAUUACUCGUUGGUCCUAGCGGAAAUGGGAAGAGUCUCCUUCUGCAAACCAUAGUCAGCGAGUUCAACGGAUAUCAGUUAGUAAUUGUCAACUGUAGUGCUCAACUAACAACCUCUAGUAUUCUGAAUACUCUCAAGCAGAACUCGCUGGUCAUCACCACUGUCAAGGGCAAAGAAUACCGACCCAAGUUUUCACGGAUAAUUUUAUACUUUAAGAAUAUUGAUCUUUGCUCCAUUGAUUCCUGGGGUACGUGUGAAGUAGUUGAACUACUCCUGCAGCUCAUCAACCGCAACGGGUUUUACUCAGAUUCACUUGAAUGGAUCAGCGUCAGCGGAAUUCAAAUAUGUGCGUCCAUCUCCAACCUAACCAAAGCUCAGAUAUCUUCGAGAUUCCUAUCCAUCUGUCAUCUAGUGCAAAUUGGCUAUCCGAACAAUUCGGAUAUGGAGAGUAUCGUAAAGAGCAUGAUCCUGCCGAUCUACAAUCAGCUGGGCAAGGGAUCGAUCAAACUGAAACUCAACGACUUGGCACGGGCGAUCAUGAAUAUGUAUUUCAAAAUUCAAGCUCACUUCAAUCGAGGCGAAACGGUGCACUAUCGAUUCACUCCGAAGAUGAUCGAACGUUGGAUCAGUGGAGUGCUGUAUUAUCCCGAGGAAUACUUCAGCCAAGCAGUAAGAUACGAAUGUGAUCGCAUAUUCUGCGAUCGCCUCGUUACAGAUGACGAUCGGCAAUCGUUUGACGAGAUUUUGCGGAAUAACUUCCGGAUGUUAGUGGAUAUGGAUAACAAGAGCGUAUUCGUUCCUAAGGAAGGUCAAAAUAUUGCUGAACUACACCUAGUGGAGAGGCAGUUUUUGUACGAGACCGUCAACCAGGUUAUCUCGUUAUGCAACUCGGAGGUAAUACAGGUAGACAUUCCGAUAUCGGAAGCCUUCCUAGAAGCAGUUGCCGCAAUGGUUCGUGUCCUUUCGAGGCCCCAAGCAAAUCUGGUACUCUGUGGAAGAACUGGCUCCUGCCGUCUGGAAGCUUUGUACGUAGCAUCCAGCAUGCUAAACAUAAAAGUUGCUUUUCCACAAACGUCCAAAAACUACACUAUCCACGACUUCAACAACGAUAUAAAAAUCGUCAUGCAGAACUGCGCCAUCGAGAACGAACCAGUAGCAUUCUACAUCGACCAUGCGGUUAUUGACUAUUUGGAAGAUAUCAUGAAAACUUGCGAAGCCAUUCUCGAAGGAGCAGAUCUAUCGGACUUUUUCGGGGACGACUUGGAAAACUUGGCCAACCCAUUGAAAGCCCAAGCAGCGCUGGAGUCGUUCCAGCUGUCCCUAUCGGCUUACUUCUUGCAACGUCUGAGAAAUAACUUUCAUUUGGUGAUCCUCCUGGAAUAUUCCUCGCCGAAGCUUCGAGAGCUCUUCGACAACUAUUCUGCGUUGUACCAAAAAUCGGAAAUGAUUUGGAUCUUGGAUGAUAAGAUAACCCCCGUGGACAGUCUUGCUCGAUAUCUUGGAGAAAUCAGCAAGAACGGUUUAGAUUCGCAACAGAUCCCCGUACCCGUAUUCUUCAACGAUUUGCUCGACAGCAACAUGUGUCAAUGGUCACGAUCUCCGAAGCGCAGAAUACAGCUCGUUAGAACAUACCGACAUGUGUACGAGAUUGAAAAAUCCGACAAGGAACGCUACAAGUUCAAGAUACAGAUCGGGGUCGAUAAACUGUCGGAAACUCACAAAGUGGUAGAGAAGCUCAAACUAGAAGCCCAGGAGAAGCAGAUUGCCUUGGCAGAGAAGCGCAAACUGGCGAACACUUCGUUGGAAAUGAUAUCUUCAACAAUGCGAGGAGCCAAUGAUCAGAAAACUGAAUUGUUAGAGUUGCAACGGAAGACUCGGGAAAGUAGCGUUAAGCUAAUGGAGCGAAAGAAGGUGAUAGAAGAGGAGCUAAGUCAAGUCGAACCAAUACUACGGGAGGCCAGUGCCGCUGUUGGUCAAAUAAAAACUGAAGCCUUGUCGGAGAUUCGAUCGUUACGAGCUCCUCCGGAAACGGUGCGGGAUAUCUUGGAGGGCGUGUUGCGUUUGAUGGGCAUACGGGAUACCUCAUGGAACAGUAUGAAGACAUUUUUGGCUAAACGGGGCGUCAAAGAGGACAUCCGUUCGUUAGAUCCGGUGAGGAUCAGUCCAGAGAAUUGCCAAUCAGUGGAGAAGCUACUGCAGGCGAAGUCGGAAUCGUACGACCAGAAGAAUGCCAAGCGAGCUUCGGCUGCGGCAGCUCCUUUAGCGGCUUGGGUUAUUGCCAACGUCAAGUACUCGAAGGUAAUCCAGAGCAUAAAACCGCUAGAGCGAGAGCAGAAUGAAUUGAAGGAAAAUUUGGAGAAAGCCGAGCGGGAGAUGAAGUCCUUGUCUAGCGGACUGGAUAACGUGAAUGACAAGGUGAAGGAGCUAUCGGAGCAACUGAACGUGUAUACCCAGGAAGCAGCUAUGCUGGAGAUCAAGCUAGACGAUGCCAAGCAGACAUUGCAUGCUGCGGAAGUCUUGGUACAGAGUUUAAGUUCGGAAUACAUCAGCUGGAGUAAGGAGUUGGAAGAGUUGAAUGAAACAAUAAAUCACAUGGACAGGCGAAGCUUCUUGACAGCUUUCUGUAUCACGCAUCUUUCUGACCUGUCUUUGGAGGAUAGAAAAGUCACAUUGGAGAGGGUAUCUGAGCUAGUCAAAGGUCAACCAUUCGACCUCGAUGAUCUUGUAACUAACCAAGACAAGAUUAUUUGGGAAAGUAUGGGUCUUACUGCCGAUCAACAAUAUCGAGAAAAUGCUGUCGUACUCAACCAAUUUCUCCAGCUUCCUUUCGGUACAACACCCAUACCUUUGCUGAUAGAUCCAACUGAAGUGGGACAAAAGUGGCUAACAAACUAUCUGAACCUUAUGAACCGAACAUACGAACUGACAAGUCAAUCCACUGAUCGGUUCAGUUACAUACUCGAGUUAGCAAUCCGAUUCGGAAAGAUCCUCAUAAUCCGUAAUGUUAAUUCAAUCGAGACCCCACUACUUUCACUUAUCUUCACCCGAAUCCAUAGUCGCUUCAACAAACGGAUGAUUCAGAUUGGUAACAAGCUAAUCGACCUGCACGAUGACUUCAAACUCAUCUUGUUAACUCAGAAUGAUAAACUCAGUCUAGGCCCGGAACUCCAAGCGAACUUCAUGAACCUCAAGUUCACUACAACGGUAGCCGGGUUGACGGAUGUCCUCAAAUUCAAAUGGGUUCUGGCCAAGGAACCCGAAAUAGAGAAGAAACGAAUUGAACUUCUUGAGGAAGAAGGCAAACUGACAAAAGAGAAGCGUAAUCUACAGGAUCGUCUACUGCAGGAACUGUCCUCGUCACAUGGUGAUAUUCUGAAAAAUGAACCUCUUCUGAAUACCUUGAACAGCAUCAAGGCUAGUGCUAGCUCGAUCGAGCAAUCGUUAGCUGAGUUCGCUAGCAUACGCGAUCAGCUCAUGGAGCACUACAACCAAAGACGCGAGUUCUGCAGUAUGGCCUCUCGAUUCUACAUGGGCAUUAGACGUUUCUACAGCAUUAACGUGUCCAAGUUUACCGCUAUCUUCCUGAGCGUGAUCGACAACGAGAAGCAUUCCACGGUAGACGAGCUUUAUAAGAUUUUGGUAAGGAGGGUAUUCUCACUGUUGAGUCGAAGCAUCCCCAAAGACGAACAAAUGAUCCUUGGAUUGAAUAUUUGCAAGCAAGCCUUCCCUCAGCUAUUACCGAAAAAGGAGUGGGAAUCGUUUGUGUUCAAUUUCACAAACGCUGAUCAAAUCACGGAUCACCAAAUCCCGUCCUGGAUCAAACAGGAAUGCGUUCAGAAGGUCUUGGCUAUGAAGCAACAACAUCCCGAAUUGUAUGCGAAGCUAAGCUUGGACAACAUCAACACCUGGCAGAAGUACAUAGAAAACGACGAUACAAGCAUCCCGGUUGGAGUUACCGAUUUCCAAGCUAUUAUGGUAGCUCAAGUAUUAAGGCCUGACUUGCUGAUCCGUACGAUAACUCGAUCAGUUCAGAACAUCCUUGGUCUGAAGACCUUGUACACGACACGACCUUCAAUCAAACUGCUGUCUGAGGAAACCUCGGCGGAAGAACCACUUUUGCUGAUUACCUCGUCCGGUAUUGAUCCAUCGGAGGAGGUUCGGGAGUUUGCCAAACAGACGAUCGGGUUGUCCAAGUAUGCGGAACUAGCCAUCAGUAAAGGUCACGAAGCGGAUGCGAUGAAACUGAUUAAGGAAGCUGCUGCCGGAGGAGGCUGGGUGUGCAUCAAGAACAUUCACACCGUUCCGCAGUGGAUUCGACAUCUGGAUGAAGCGUUGAAGUCAUUGGAGGUAGUAAAAGACUUCAAACUUUGGUUGACAUCGGAAACGGACAAGAACCUGUACGAGGUGUUCGUCAAGAAGUGCAACAAGGUGCUGUACGAGCCUCCAAAGGGGCUGAAGUACAAGAUGAAACUGCUACUGGACCAGCAUGCCGGGACGGUGACCAAGAAGCGGGAUUACAAGUCGAUUAAAAUGUACGUUGGACUGUUCAUGCUGCAUUCGAUCAUCCAGGAGCGGCGAUCGUACAUUCCUCAAGGUUGGAGCAAAUGGUAUGACUUUUCUGAUUCUGACCUGCGGACUGCUAUGCAACUAAUCAAGUACACAGAAGGAUCAAACACCCUGAAGAUUACCUGGCCACUGUUGCAAGGGCUCUGCGAAAAGGUCGGCUACGGAGGAAGGAUCGACAGCGACAGCGACUUCGAGAAGUUGGAGUAUCUUUUGCGAGAGAUGUUCGAUGAGAAAAUCAUGGCCAGCCGUUGGCAACCGAUGUUCGCGAACGUUAGUUUUCCGAAUUCCAAUCACUUGGAUGAUUACGUGAAAGCAGUCGAUCAGCUGCCGGAUACAGAUACGCCCACUAUGUACGGAAUCCCAGUAUCAACGAACGCUUCAAGGGAUGUCAUCUUUUGUAGGAACACUUUGAAGGACCUUAGACAGAAAUACUUCAGUGGUGGUAGCACCCAAAACUACGAGAAGCGCGUCAAGCCCAUUAUCAAUUUGUGGGGCAAACUCAUGACUGGUACCAUCGCUAACCGCCUCGACACUAUCAUCGAGCGCAACAAGAACAAACAAGAUGCUUGGACGAUCUUCAUACUGUCAGAGUUGGCGAUCGUGCGCAGCCUCUACGACUCGAUCAACGAUACCCUCCAGAUGAUCAAGAACUCCGUGAAGGAGCUGGCAACCAUCUCCGCAAAGGACAGAACUAUGCUUACAAUCAUUUGCGAUAACCAGGUGCCACUGCAGUGGCGUCGGAUAUGGAGCGGUCCGAAGACGGUGAUCGAGUACUUGAAAGCGAUCGCGUUCAAAACGCGAGAAACGGAACUUCUGUACAACAAGAUCGUCGAAGAGGCUCGCGUUCAGGAGAUAAACUUCAAAAAUCUGUUCAGCGUUGAUGCUUUCCUGACGACCGUGAAGAUGAUCAAGUCGGAAGAACUGGGCGUGUCGACAACGAAAUUGAAGCUGGUAGCGUACUUUGACGAUCGCAAACGGGACAAGUCGAUCGUGAUAGGACCUUUGCUGAUCGAUGGUGGUUAUCUGAGCAAUGGUAAACUAGCAAUCCAGCAAGGUUCACAGCAAUCCGUUGGCUCUAGCUACACCGGCAGUUUUUCUUUGGAUUACAUCGAAUCAGAGAACGUGGAAAAUGGUCAAUCCGGCAACAAGUCUACUUCACGGGCAGAUCAAUUUGAAAUCCCAGUGUACAACAACAUCUCGCGCGAUGCUCUAAUCUGUCAGAUAGCGAUCGAGGUCGGACCGGGGCUGAGCAGGGCUCAGCUAGUGGCGGCCGGCAUUGCCCUCAUUGUGCCGGAAAGUUACUAGACAAGGAGAUUUUCUUUCAACACACAACUCAC